UGACGUGGUACACAUCACUCGUUUGGCUUUCCACUUCAUGGAAACAACGUUCCAAAGGUUUUAGGAUGGAUAUACAUGUUUGAAAAUGAAACAGAUUCUUUUAUUGUUGAUUUUUAUCAAUUUGCAAGGUUUGAAUGUGGAAGCUUAUGAUUGGAGGACAAGUUAUACAAAAUGGAAGAAUGCAUUUAAAUGGAGCAACCCUCUACUGACACCAAAGAGUGUAUCAAAAGAAAAUAUCGAAGCGAAAAUUCAAUUACACCUUCUCGACAAACAGUGGGUGCCAGAUGGAACCAAUGCUGUUCAGAGUGAUGAUGUCAUUCCCAAAUACCGCGGCACAGUGAAAGAUGCCUUCAAAAUAUUUACGUCUAAAGAACUACAACUAAAGUACCUCAGUAGCCCGUUAGCCGAGGCCAAGGAGCUGUUGAAAGAAGAAAAUGGCUACAAAGUAGAACAAGAGUCUAUCUUUAUCAUCCACACUGUCAACGGCUCUCCUAACGACGACUUUGUCAAGAACUCAAUUACAGCUUUGGUAUUGAGAAAUUUCUUAAAGAAAUAUAAUGUUUUUGCGUUUGAUUUGAAAGAGUUGAAUGACUAUAUAAAGCAGACAAUCUUCGAAGUAAUGUUGGGCCGAAGAUUAAAUUAUGAGGCAUUAAGUGAAGUCCUUGGUAACUUUUUCAACUCUGCGAUUGCCGACAAUCUAAUAGAAAUCGACAAAAUACAUCUUGUUGGUUUUUGCUUCUCUGCUCAGCUCUCAGGCUAUAUAGGUCGCUAUGUAUCUUCGAAAAACGAUGGCAAGAAGAUGAAAUCCAUAACGGCUCUAGAUCCAUACUCAACGACGUUAUUCAGCAUUAAAAACAAAAACAGCGUGAUCUCUAAGAACGAUGCCGAGCUGGUAUUUGUCUUCCACACCGGCUCAUUUUACGGUGGUACAUUUGAUCGCAAGGCAACAGCUGAUUUUGUAAUAAACAAUGGAGGGUUCCAGCCUGGGUGUUUCUUUAGUCGCAAAAUGUUUUGCAGUCAUAAAAGGUCUGUCCCGUUAUUCUGGUAUAUCAUUUUAUACCCUGAGUUGUGGACAGCGAGGAAGUGCAGCAGUUAUCUUUUGUUCUCGUCCUGUCUCUGCAGUUUCAAGGAAAAGACUUCACUCACAUUCCCACCAGUUCCUGGUGCACAAGGGACGUAUUAUUUGAACACCAUGGCACACAAACCAUACGGAUUUGGACCAAAGGGUGCAAACUGCAUCUCCUUCUUUAAGGGGAAGAAAGCCGAUGAUAUAGUAAAAAGUGUUAAACUAGCCAACCUAAAUGUUUAGUGAAUCCAUAGAAAUCACCAACUUCAGUUAUAAAAUGUGCCAUUAAA